CACGACUAUUGCGCACCCUUAUCGUGUGGACGAGGACGUGAGCUUUGACCAGUUUGAGUCUAUGUUGUCCAGAGAUACGGCAAACUUGAUUAAUCCAGGCCUUGUGCAUGUGCUCUGGGGAAUGUGCAAAGACUUUGGUGCUAAUGGUCUCCGUGUAGGAGCCAUCAUCUCCCAAUGUCUCUCGCUUUACUCCUUUGUGUCUUCAAUGUCGGACCAAAUCACGGCGUCCAUUCUCAAGGAUGAUGCCUUUACGGACAGGUAUAUACAGACAAAUCAGGAAAUGCUUGCACAGUCCCACGAAUUUCUUGUUCAUAUCUUGGACAUGCAUGGCAUCGACUAUUCUCAUGGUUGCAAUGCAGGAUUCUUUUUGUGGGUAAAUCUUGGCAAGAAGUACUUGCAGUCUCACCCCCGGGCAGCCGAGCAAGGGAUCGAGCUCACUGAGUUGAUAUUUGAGAAGCUUCUUGAGCACAAGGUAUAUGUGGCCCAUGGGAUAACUUAUGGAUCAGAGAGUCCAGGCUGGUUUCGCGUGGUAUUCUCCCAUCCACGCCCCUGGUUGGAGGAGGCGAUGCAACGCAUACUUGAUGCCAUCAUUUGA